UCAGAGUCUUCGCGCGCCUUCUCUCGUUGCUUCUCUCACAGCCUAACCCAGACUCAUCAUGGUGGACGCUUUUGCAGGCACUUGGAAGCUAGUGGACAGCAAGAAUUUCGAUGACUAUAUGAAGUCGAUCGGUGUGAGUUUUGCUACCAGGCAGGUAGGUAACAUGACCAAGCCUACCACAAUCAUCAAAGUGAAUGGAGACCUUAUCACUGUCAAGACACAGAGCACCUUCAAGAACACAGAGAUCAACUGUAAGCUGGGAGUGGAGUUUGAUGAGACAACAGCAGAUGACAGGAAGGUCAAGUCCACUAUGACACUGGAUGGAGGCAAGCUUGUCCAUGUGCAGAAGUGGAACGGGCAAGAGACGACACUUGUGCGGGAACUAAGUGAUGGGAAACUUAUUCUGACACUUUCCCAUGGCAGUGUAGUUAGCACUCGUACCUAUGAGAAAGAGGCGUGA